CUCCUCUUUGGUUUCGCCCACAAAAAAAGAUUUGGGAUUCAUCCACCAGCUUGUUCUUCAUCUGCUGUUAUCUGCCAGAUAGUUCCCACUGCCACGGAAGGGCUGCUCUUAGUGGUGUUUGAGAUCUGCCUCUCUUUCUCUCUGAGGGGGACACGACAAGGGUCAUGUUUUCCACUUGUUUUCUGGUUGCCCUCUCCUGCGCUGCCCUGACGGUGGAGGCUGGUUGUCCGCUGGCAUGCUCGUGCCCGGCCAUCCCUCCCUCUUGCCCGCUGGGCGUCAGCACCGUGACUGAUGGCUGUGGCUGCUGCAAGGUGUGCGCCAGCCAGUUCAACCAGGACUGCAGCCUGACGCAGCCCUGCGACCACAUCAAGGGCCUGCGCUGCCACCUAGGGGCCGGAGGAGACCCCGCACGCGGCCUGUGUCGAGCUGAGGAGCAGGGCCGCCCGUGCGAGCUGAACGGGCGGGUGUACCAGCACGGGGAGGACUUCCAGCCGGGCUGCCAGCACCAGUGCUCCUGCAUGGACGGGGUGGUGGGCUGUAUGCCACUCUGCCCCCACCAGGUGCCCCUGCCCAACUGGCGCUGCGCCAGCCCCCGCCUGGCCCGCCCGCCCGGGGGCUGCUGUGAGCAGUGGUACUGCGACGACCCCAACCACAUCAGUGAGGACUCGCCCCCGCCCCGCCCCAACCGACACCCCGACCCCGCCGGCAACGAGCUGCUGCUGGCCCUCAGCCCCCGGAGGACCAGCACCGCCAUCCCCCAAGAUUGGAUGUCUCUCUCCGAGUCACAUGGCCUGAUCACGUCCAAGUGCUUCCCGCAGACCACCGAUUGGUCCCCCUGCUCCGCCACCUGCGGGAUGGGCGUGUCCAGCCGGGUGACCAAUAGCAACGCAGACUGCCGGCUGGUCAGGGAGACCAGGCUGUGCCAAAUCCGGCAGUGUGACCUCGCCCUGGCCCCGCCCCUCAGGAAAGGGAAGAGGUGUCAGCGGACGGUGAGGCCCGAGAGGCCGGUGCGGGUCCAUUUUGCGGGCUGCUCCACGGCUCGGCGGUACCGGCCGCGCUCGUGCGGGUCCUGCUCGGACGGGCGGUGCUGCUCGCCGUCUGCGACCCGCACCGUGCGCCUGCGCUUCCACUGCCCCGCCGGCGACAGCUUCGCCCGCAGCGUCAUGUGGAUCCAGCGCUGCAGCUGCCGCCGUCGCCACGCCGACCGCUGCCACGACGACGGCCCCCAGCCGCCCUCCGCCAGCCCGCACAGCGACAUCCACACCUUCCAGCACUGA